AUGGCGCCCGAGUUGUUCUACAAAAACAUCGGUGGUGUGUCUUAUAAAGCGGAUGUCUAUAGCUUCGGGAUGUUGCUCAUGGAAAUGGCAGGUAGAAGGAAAAAUCUUAAUGCAAAUGCAGAACACUCGAGCCAAAUUUAUUUUCCGAUGUGGGUGUACGACAAAGUCAAUGAAGGAGAAAGUAUUGACAUGGAAGAAGUUGUAGAAGAGGAAAGGAAGUUGAUGAAAAAGAUGAUAAUGGUUGCACUUUGGUGUAUACAAUUGAUCCCCAACCAUCGGCCCCCGAUGAACAAAGUCUUAGAAAUGCUUGAAGGAGAAAUUGGUAAUAUUCAAAUGCCUCCAAAACCGCUUAUUUACCCACCGGAUGAGCAAGUUGAUGAUGACAAAGCCGAGAUGGAAUUAGAAACAUUCUCAACUUCAUCAAGCGCUCCCAUAAUUUCUGCUAAUUUCCCAUUUGGAGAUGGCAAUGAUGUUUAG